AUGGAUGAUCUGUCAUUAUGUACAAAGUCGUUGGAUGGUUUGGUAGAGCUACCAAACAAACCUGUUGAGCAUCCUAGGAGAGAGGACUUCCCAAAGACCAAGCGCAUUGCAUUCUGUGGUCCAUCACACUCUGGAAAGUCAGCAAUGAUCAAUACAUUACUCGACAUUCCACAGCUUCUACCAACAGGUCCUGGACAUACAACUGGAAGGAUAUGCAUUAUUAGAUAUUCGCCAACGAUCUGUAUAAAGUUCUACACACUCAAAGUUGACAGGUUACAAUGUUUAGACAACGAGACCAUAACAAUGGAGUCGAAUGUAUUUAACAUUGAAGCCAAGAGGAAUCUAAAAUUGUUAAUCAAACAAAACUUAGAGCGACCAGAUGGCAUCGAGAAUGAUUACGACAUAUACAAUGAAUGGGCCAGCAAGAUUGUCAGUAUCGAGUUUCCAUCCCCACUUCUAAAGCCAGGUUUGGAAAUUAUCGAUACUCCAGGCUUCAGUGGAUGGGAAAACAGGAUUCAGUUCGCCAUCCGAAAGGACUUCUUCAAUCUAUACCAACCAUCUGGAGUCAUCUUUUGCUACCCCAAUUCAGUGUUCACUGAUGCAGAAGUUAAGUCUCUGGAUAGUAUCUUGAAAUCACUUCCCAGUGAUUCAACUGCCAAGGAUUCAAUAUUCUUUGUAAACACCAAAGUUUCAGAGAAGGACAUUGGCCUUUCCAACAACAUCGAGCUUGGAACAGAAGUUCCACUGGACUUAAUCAUCAAUCACAGAAUUGGUCUACUCUCGAAGUUAAUGGUAUCUCAUCCCAAAACUACCAUCGAUGAUACUCGCUUCGCCAUUAUCGACUGUCUUGACUUCGUCAGAUUUCCAAAAUCUCCCAAUCCCAGGUACAUGUUCCAUCAGUUCAUUGAUCGUCUGACCAAGUGGAUUGCAAGUCUCCAUCCCCAGAUGGUUGUCUACCCUUUUGGGGAAGUCGAGCAGGAGUGCCGAACCAUGUCAACUAAGAUUGAAUUGGUACAGUCGGUCAUCAGCAACAUUUCCGAUCACAACAAGCUGAUGAGAGAGUCUGAACUGAUGCUCACCAACUUUGCAUCUAUGGUUACAAUAUCCCUAAACAAGCUUAUUGGAAACAUUCCAACCAUUGUCAGACGUACGAUCAGCUCAGUACUCGACUUUGUUGACAAGCAUGCCAGUAACGAUGUAGCGAUGCGUAUCCAAGUAGUCGACUUCCUCAGAGCAGAGAUCAUCCUCAAGGUAAACUGUCUCAUUGAGGAGAUGGUCACGUCAUCAAUUGUCACUAUAGUCAUGUCACUGUUUGAAGAAGUUACUCCUGUAAACUUGAUGAUCAGGUUUGGAAUGAAGACCUUCCAGAGUAUAGUCAACAAUCAGUUUGUGACAGCUUUGUCAAAAGGACUAUCUGGAAUGAUCAACAACACACUGGAGGAGGGCUUCCUAGCAUACUUCAUCGCACCUACUACAAUGGACAACAAUGGACUCAAAGGUUUGAUAUCCAAGUAUCCAGACUCAAUCAAAACCAAAGACAUCGAGAAACAGGUGGAGCAAGCCAUCAAUCGCAAGUUCAUGAUGCUCAGGUCCAUGGUUGCCCUACAAAUCAAGGUCAUCGAGUCCAAAUCAAGUCCCAACAUGCUGAAUGACCUGUUGACCAAGUCUUUAGACCAACUCAACGCUCUGUACCUUAAUGUCCUAGCACUUCAUUGCAAGCUACACCUCCCAUUUGAAAGUCUUCAGGUGGAUCGAUCCAAGAUAGUCAAGCCAGGAAAGGACAAGGCUGUGAUGAGUAAUUUGCUUAAACAGGUCAGAAUGUCCAACGAUGUCAACUUCAUUCCAAUGACACUACAAGCCAUAUUCAAACAGAAUGAUGGAGCAAAUGACGAUGUUGAGUGGAUAUUAUUAUACAAUCAACUCAAUUCAUUUGAACAAUUACUCAAAGAUCAAAUUUCAUCAAAGACCAUAUUCCUGGUCACUCAAAUGUUCCAAUCAUUAUUUCCAGGAUGGUAG